AUGCGCAGGAGUAGAAGUGCUGAACUUCUACCAUUAGAUCCUGAGAUAGAGCGCACCUUGCAUCGGUUGAGAAGAGAGAGCAGAAGAAGGGAAGAAUUGCAGGUAGUUGAGAUGGCAGAUGAUGACAUCAAUCGCCAAAUACAGGGUGCUGCCAGAGCACUUCGAGACUAUGCAGUACCUACUAUUAUGGGUUCUGCGAUCAGAAGGCCCACUAUUCCAGCUAAUAACUUUGAACUGAAGCCAGCACUCAUUCAGAUGGUUCAAUCAAAUCAGUUUGGAGGAUAUCCCAACGAGAGUCCUGAUGAGCAUAUUGCAGGAUUCCUCCAAUACUGUAACACGGUAAAGAUGAAUAAUGUCACUGAUGAUGUUAUUAGAUUACAACUUUUUCCUUUCUCACUUAGGGAUAAAGCGAGAGCCUGGUUCAAUUCAUUGCCACAAGAGUCCAUCACCACCUGGGCCGACCUUUCAUCUAAGUUUCUCAGGAGAUUUUUCCCACCAGCUAGGACUGCAAGAUUGAGGAACGAAAUCACUAACUUCACCAAGUUCAAUGGUGAAUCACUUUAUGAGGCAUGGGAGAGAUUCAAGGAGGCAAUCAGAAAGUGCCCACAUCACGGAUUGCCAGAUAAUCUCCUAAUUGAGGUCUUCUAUCUUAGCCUGGAUGAUACAUUGAGGUCUCUAGUAGAUGCUGCAGCAGGAGGCGCACUGAUGGGUAAGAAUUAUGAUGAAGCAAGUGCUUUGAUAGAAGAGAUGGCCUCCAGUGCACAUAAUUGGCAGAAUGAGAGAAGUAAAUCAAGAGUGGCAUCAGUCAAUGACAUGGACACUAUUGCUAAUUUGACAACCCAGAUUUCAGCACUCACUACCCAGGUUGCUUUUUGUGAGUUGUGUUCAGGACCACAUUCGACUCUUGAAUGCAUGUCUGGAAAUCCCUCGGCUUCACCCAAUGGAGAGCAAGUGAACUUUGUCAACAACUUCCAGCGGAGUAAUCAAGGGCCUUAUUCGAACACUUACAAUCCCGGGUGGCGUAAUCAUCCUAAUUUCUCAUGGAGGAAUGAGAAUAAUGCACUUAAACCGCCACCUGGAUUCCAAAAGCAAGGCCCUGCUCAGAAUGCUCCACCUUAG